CAAGAGGGUUAUGGCUUGAAGACGGCCACAAGGACAAAAGACAGUAGCCACAUAAAUGAUGGAACACAACCCCAGAUAUUUAAGUGCUGCUUUUGGUCUUUCCAAAAUGUGAUUUGCUUCUUAAAAUCCAGAGUUUUUAAAGAAUUAGUUUGUUUCAAUGUCUUCUUCAUCAUGUUCUUUGUCACCUUCAUUAAGGUCAAGGCUAUUCAAUUCCUCUGCUACAAGGUUUCUUGUACCACCAGCAAGACUAAAUCAGUGCAGAAGCAGAUGUGAAAUGAACAGGAGAAGUUUUGCUUUCAGAGGAAUUCUGGCUUCUGGGGUUUCAAUCACGGGCUCUUCUUUAGCCACAGAGCCUACUCAAGGGAUGGAGAGAUUGCCAUUCAAGCCUGAGGGAUAUAAUUUUUGGACAUGGCGGGGUCACAAAAUACAUUAUGUGGUACAAGGAGAAGGGCUUCCUAUUGUUCUCAUUCAUGGUUUUGGUGCUUCUUCAUAUCAUUGGAGAUACAACAUACCUGAAUUGGCCAAAAAGUAUAAGGUUUAUGCAGUAGACUUGCUGGGGUUUGGAUGGAGUGAGAAAGCACUUAUUGAGUAUGAUGCCAUGGUGUGGAGGGAUCAAGUAGUGGAUUUCUUGAAGGAGAUAGUGAAAGAGCCAGCUGUUUUAGUAGGAAACAGCCUUGGAGGCUUUACUGCUUUGGUUGCAGCAGUGGGCUUUCCUGAUCAAGUUGUUGGGCUUGCACUACUAAAUUCUGCUGGUCAGUUUGGGAAUCCAAAUGAAAAAAUGGAUGAGCCUGAGGAAUCAAUCUUGCAGAAAUUUGUAUUGAAGCCCCUGAAGGAAGUUUUCCAGCGUGUAGUUCUUGGAUUUUUGUUUUGGCAAGCAAAGCAGCCAGCUCGCAUUGAAUCUGUUCUAAAGAGUGUUUAUAUAAAUACCUCUAAUGUAGACGACUACCUUGUGGAAUCAAUUACCAUGCCAGCAGCUGAUCCAAACGCUGGAGAAGUUUAUUAUAGAUUGAUGACUCGAUUCAUGCUGAAUCAAAGCAAGUACACGUUAAACAGUGCAUUGAGUGAACUUAGAUGCCCACUGCUAUUGCUCUGGGGUGACUUAGACCCAUGGGUAGGUCCUGCAAAGGCCAAUCGAAUCAAAGAGUUCUACCCAAAUUCAACUCUUGUAAACUUAAAGGCUGGUCACUGCCCGCACGAUGAAGUUCCAGAGCUUGUUAAUAAAUCCUUAAUGGAUUGGUUGUCAUCUCUAAAACCUGAAGCCUCCCUUCAGACAUUGUAAAAGUAACAAAUUUUGCAGCCCCAGUUCUAACAUCUGCUUCAAGCUAGUACUUGUAAUGUAAUUAUACUUUCAUUAAUCAAAGUUCCUGAUUAAAGCUGA